AUGACAAGGGUCGAGAUCAUUCAGAGAGAGCAAAUAAAACCAUCUUCCCCAACACCACCACACCUUAAAUCAUUCAAUCUUUCCAUCGUGGAUCAACUCAUUCCUGCCCCUUACGCCCCCAUCAUACUAUACUACCCAAAUGAUAAAGAUCACACCAGUGAUCUUCAAGUCCAAGAAAAGUUGAAAUCUUUAAAGAAUUCGUUAUCCAAUACAUUAACACGAUUCUACCCUUUAGCUGGGACAAUAAAGGAUGACCUUUCUAUCGAUUGCACAGACAUUGGUGCUUACUUUGUAGUGGCUCGUGUGGAUGCUUCUCUCGAAGAGUUCUUGAAGCAUCCAAAUUUCAAUCUGAUCAAUAGAUUUCUUCCAUGUGAGCCUAGUUUCAAUGGGAGUAAUGAAGGAAGUUAUGUGAGUAACAUUCAAGUUAACAUUUUUGAGUGUGGUGGAAUCGCUCUUGGUUUGUGUAUUUCACACAAGAUUCUUGAUGGUGCUGCCUUGAGUACUUUCCUAAGAGGUUGGGCUGGGACUUGUUGUGGGUUGAAAGAAGUUGUGCAACCGAACAUGAACACGAGCUCUUUGUUUCCCACAAAAGAUUUAUGGCUCAAAGAUUCAUCAAUGGUGAUGUGGAAAUCAUUGUUCAAGAUGGGUAAAUGUAGUACAAAAAGAUUCGUUUUCAGUUCAUCAAAACUCAAUGCUCUCAAGGAAAAGACAAUGGCAAAUGGGGUGAAAGUGAAAGAUCCUACACGUGUUGAGGUAGUUUCGGGUUUGCUAUGGAAAUGUGUGAUGGCUACAUCUGAAGAAAAGACUGGUUCUUGGAAACCAUCUUUGUUAAGCCAUGUUGUGAACCUUCGCAAAAGGGUAUUAUCGUCAUUUCCAUUAGAAAAUUCCAUCGGGAACUUGAUUUGGAUAGCGGAUGCGGAAUGUAAAACCGAGUCUGAAAUCGAAUUUGGAAACCUUGUUGGAAAAGUACAUGAUGGGGUGUCGAGAAUCGAUAGUGAGUUUGUGAAGAAACUACAAGGUGAUAAAGGGAGAGAAAUGAUGGAAGAUUGUUUAAAAAGGUUGAAAGAUUGUGAGGAUCAUGUUGGGUUUACGAGUUGGUGUAAGAUGGGGUUCUAUGAGGUGGAUUUUGGUUGGGGGAAGCCGAUGUGGGUGUGUGGGAGUGUUUCUGAUGGUAGUCCGGUUUUUAUGAAUCUUAUCGUUUUGAUUGACACGAGAUGUGGUAAAGGGAUAGAAGCUUGGGUGUCUAUGGAUGAACAUGAUAUAAAUAUCUUGAAACAUAAUUCCGAGCUUUUGGAGUUUGCAUCUCUUGAUCCGAGUCCUCUAGAAAUGAACAAGUGA